CCUUUCAUCAGUCGCUAUGGCACAUGCUGCUCUGCUUCUCCUCGGCUUGAGCCUCUCCGUGGGUCCAGCCGUAGCUUUCUACGGGGCGUCUAUGAGCUUCGUGCCUGGAAACAGAUACCCAGACGGAGCAGUGGAGAUGCACUUUUACUACCGAGAGUCUGGAAGACUGCCCUGUGAUCCUCAAGUCUCCUGGGUCUGUGACAGCGGUCACUGCGGUGAUCUCUCGUACCCAGAGCCGGCCAUAACGGACCAGGACCGCUCGGGUCAGAUCCUCUGGUGCCAGUCUGAGCGUCACAUGACCUCCAAUGUUACUGGUGGUGAGCCUUUCACUCUGAGAGGGUCUGGUUGCUGCUGGGCAAAUAAUGUUCAUGAUGUCCGCGAAUGGAGGCUUCAGAGUCUUGUUGACCCAAGACAACGUUCAGACACUCGCACUACAAACAGGUCGCCUGUUUCAGCAACAAUACCAAACAUAAGGGUUCCUCAGAACUGUUUUCAAAAUCUUCACCUGCUGGUCCAUGAUCCAGAUGGGGAUGAUGUGAGAUGCAAGUGCCCAUCGUGCAAUAAACACCCUAAAAUAUACCUCGAGGAGGACUCUUGCACCCUGAGUAGUGAUGGCACACUGGACGUGGGACUGCAUGUUUUUGAGUUCACACUGGAGGACUAUCCUGUAUCAAACAUCACCGUGAUGAACGGGGAUGGGAUCUCCUCUGUCAGAAACCCUUAUAAUCAGACUGACGAUGCUGACCCAACUCCACUCGGUCAAGUGCCUCUGCAGUUUGCGCUUGAAAUCCAAGCACCAGUCCACAGUUGUGCACCCGGGGUGAGCAGGCCGACUUUACUGACACCAACUCCCCUACACGGAGAUGUUCAGCAUGCAGCUGUGGGACGUGUUCACACCAUCACCCUCCGUGCAGAGAGCUCUGGCCACAGUAUCGUGGAUUUCCAGGUCAGUGGACCAUGGAAUAUGUCAACAACCUUGAGAAAUGAAAGUCAAGGAAUUACCGAGGCAACACUGACCUGGACACCUCAGGAAUCUGACCUGCAUCAUAAUGUACCCGUGUGUUUUGCUGCAGAGACACUUCAGAGUCAGUCUGAGAUGAGGUGCAUCGUGAUCAUUGUUGCAAAAUCAAGUGUUCUCUCAGGUGAAGCAGAGGUCUUCUGUCAGAAUAACAGUAUCAGCAUCGCAGUAAGCAAAGCCUCUAUGAAGGGGAUUGACCAAAACUGGCUCCAACUGAGAGACCCCACCUGCUCUCUUACUUCCAAUGACACCCAUAUCUUGGGCACCAUGUCCCUAAACACCUGUGGUACCACGAUGGAGGACUCAGGAGACUUCUUGGUCUUCAAAAAUGAGAUCAAUUCUUUUGAGAACCCCAAUGAAGUGAUCACCAGACGCAGUCAAGUUAAAAUAAGCUUCUCCUGCCAGUACCCCAAAGUGGCCAGUGUUUCUAACCACUAUAUCAACAAGAAGUCUGACUACAUUUUCACUGAAUCCAGCUUCGGCUCUUUUAGUUACUCAUUUGAAAUUUUUACUAACGAUAACUUCAGCAGUCGGGUAGAUCCCAGUCUGUAUCCGCUGGAGAUAAAUCUGAUGGAUAUGCUCUACAUGGGUAUUUCAGCUCAUUCUGCUCUCCCUGAGGUCCGGCUUUUUGUGGAGUCUUGCAGGGCCACUCCAGAAGACAACCCAUAUAGCUCCCUAUUUUAUGACAUUAUCAAAGAAGGGUGUAUUAUUGAUGGCACAGUACAGGUUUUUCAGAGCGAUUCAAGAACGUAUGACUUCGGGAUCAAAGCUUUCAAGUUCACAGGCGGCUACACUGAGGUGUACAUCACCUGCUCUGUGAUUCUGUGUGCGGAAGGAAGUUCAAGCUCAAGAUGCGCCCAAGGCUGCCUCCAAGAACCCGCGCGCAAACGCAGACGAGAUGUGAGCAAAGAAACCUCCAGGCAUUACAUCACACAGGGUCCUUUCCGUGUAGCGGGACAAACUCAGCAUUCUGCAGCAGCUUCAGACAAAGGUGAUUCUCUUCAUAUCAGCGUAGGCACCGGGGUCUUCGGGGGACUUUUUAUAGUCUCCAUUGUGGUGAUGGUGGGAUUGUUGGUACGUGCCAAAAAAUCAAGAGCACCUGACCGCAUGUAUCUGAUGUCCAACUUCUGAAAUAUAUACAUAUAUACUUCUUGUUAAAUUUGAUUUUGUUGGUAAAAAUCUACAUUACAUUAUGACACUGUACACAUUGCACAUACAUCAAGUGUUUAUGUUUAAGAAACUGUCAUAGAUUUUUCUGUGUGUCAGAUUCUGCCCAAAGUAAUGAACUUUAUAGGUGCUUUACAUGAGUAAACAGUAUAAAUAUCUUUGAAUAUCACUUUUUUUUCUUUUUCUACCAUUUUUCCUACACUUAUGCAAGGUUAGAAAUUGAUGAAGUAUCAUUGAGUAACUUGUUUAAAUGUUUGUGAGGUGAAACCUAUAUAUAAACUAUCACAUACAACUCAUCCCAGGGAAAAUUGUACUGUAUCAAAAGUAAAAGAAUAAAGUAAAAAACUACACUCUGUAAUAAAAAGAUUUGCUUCAACAACAA